GAGAGUUGACUGAAUUGAGAACAUAUUACUUCUGAUUAUAAGACUUAAUUCAGUUAAUCUAUUUUCCUUCAAUUCAGGUUGGUGCCCCAAUUUCCAGUGAGUGCAAAUUUAAGUGUAGAAGAUGCUAAAGCUAUAUGGAUGAGAAAUACAAAGGAGACUGGACACAAUAGAAUUUUUAGUGUUUAUUUGAACCACUGGAACAAUCAAAUCAACUGUAGGAAUGUGUUUAUGUACACUUAAAUACUGCCAAAAACACAGAACACAGAUAUGGCUCUGAUGUCUCAACUCCAGCACUAGUGUUCCCUUUACACAUCUUGUUGCACUCACUUCUAAUGAGGGCUUGUCUGAGUCAAAGCAAAGGUAUGGAAGAAUCAUUAGGUAACCUCUCGAAUCUAACUAAACCUAAACCUGACUUACACAACAUAUGUUAGAAUUAGUGCCUAAAAGUAAUAGAAAUUCGAGAAUAUCUGAUUUUCCAGAAGCAUCACCCUACACAGCAAAAUCACCAGUGUUAAAAUUCCAGUGUUAAGCCACUUUAGGAGUUAAGUCUUAAGGCACUGGUGUUAGUUUUGAUAGAAACGAGCUCUGUACUGAUGAAAAACCUAAUAAUGUGGGUGUUCCAUUGCAGAGUUUACGGUACUCAACACUCAUGAGAGUUGUGUCGAACAUCCGGGUUUUUGGACAGGUACGCUCUGAGAGGAAUUUGAAGGCAGCCACUUUCUUUCACUUGCAUAGAGUAUGAGAACAAAAGAUCGGCUCAUAUUGUAGAUGGCAAAAUGAUCAUUAAGGUGCAGUAUCAAAACCGCAAGAAAUACAUCAAAUUACAACAUGCUGACUUUGAGGAAUUCGUUUAUGACGUGAGAGAGAAGUUCUCCAUCCCUGUGGACAAGAUUACAGUUGAAGAUGAUUCUGGCACUGAGGUGGAUGCAGCAGUGUCUGCAGACUUAUCCACAGUGGCAGGGAUUUGCUUUGUUAUCAAGGACAGUCACUACAAUGACUCCAGUGAAUCUCUGUCACCUCCAGCCACACCACCAUCCUCACAGUGGGAGUUUGCGCUCCAUGUCCAUGAGUAGCAGUGACAAUGAAAGAUCAAGACCUCCCAAGCGAAUGAGAGAUGAUGAAGAGGCAUUUCAGAGUUCUUUAGCCAGAGAUCUGAUAAAGCAGAUUCUACAGACAAAACCAGGAGGGACAUCAGUGCUUGAAGAAUAUGAAGAAACAGUGUCUUUAUGUGACAGUAGAAGAAGGCAGACAAUCAAUAUUCUUGCAGCACACAUGGUUGAGACAGAAGGGAGAAUUCCUCAGCGAAUCACUAAAGAGAAAUAUGCCCUGGGAAUUGUCACCUUAUUCCCUGCAUUAAAAGACCCUAGUUCCCGGAAAGGAUAUAUACAUCAAGAUUUCAGCCUCGUCUUUGGACCAGAAACUGCUGCCAAACUGCUUAAGAAGUGGCAUUAUUCCUUCAAAAGAAAGGUGAUCAGAGAAUCAGAGAGCCUUACGACCACCCCAGUACUCCAGAGUUUGCUGAGGUCUGCCAGGAAUCAGAACAAUGAUGAGGAUCACCCAGAGUGGGGCAGUGAUAUGGCAUCAUUCCUUCUGCUCCUGCAUAUCCUGCCACCUCAACCUACUAAAAAGAAAACACAGAAGAUCGGCGCAGCUCAGGCUAUGGACCACAUAGUUGUGUUUCACAAGGAGCCUUGAAGAACUAGAGAACCAGAGGGGACAUCGCCAGCCAUACCUUCUUGCUUCUGGAACUGGCAAGCAGGCCAUCAGUGCUUACUACAUUGUGAUAGAUAAGAAGCUCAUUCCCUGCCAGGGAACAACAUCAUUAGCAGCCUUUGAUGAACUCUUUAAAGUACACUUCGUUUUCAGUGUAAGUUACAAUGAUGCUCUCAACAUGUACACAUUCCUCCAGACAACGGUCUACAGUAUCGAUGUUGAUACCACUAAAGAGAGUUCAAAGGUGAAGGAAUUGAGAGCCAAGUUUAUGAAUAGGAGCUAAGAGCCAAAUUCUUGAACAGUGUAUAUAUGCAUAUGCACAUCAAACAAAGGCUAAUUUGAGCCAUGUUCAGAGGUAGAAACUAGGAGCCAAGUUCUUAAACAAUGUAUAGAUCAUAUUUUUAGAUCCUUGCAUGAUGCAGCUAGUGCAUUAAUUCAGCACCUUAAGUUUUUUCAUGGGUUAUACCUUGGCAAAACAUUUGUUGUUAUUUGUGCUCAAGAAGGCUGUUCAUUGCAAUUUAAAAGUUAUGCAGGUUUUAGAAAGCAUUUAAAUGGUUGUCAUAGUACUGUUAACGUGGGUGCAAGCAACAAUGUUGAUAUGCAAACACCACAUCAGUCAGAUUUAGGUGAGCAGAGCUCACAAGAAGAUGCCUCUGACAUGGACUUAGAUGUGAUAAAUCAACCCUCAACAUUUGAGAUGUCAAAAGACCAGGCAAAAAAUAUGUGUGCUUCGAUCAUAGCAAAGUUACAGGGCAGUGGUGUCGCCAACACGGUUGUGUCAUCUGUUGAAAGCAUGGAAGAGUAUGUCAGUGAAAUUCAUGCAAAUCUUAUAGAACAAGUAUUAAGUGCAGUGCCUGCUGUUCCCAGUAGAGGUACAGUAGAAGUCUUCGACAGGACUUUCAAUCUGUUCAGUGACUUAAACACAAACUCUAAAUUGACAAAAUAUUUUAGUUAGAAAUGGGGUGUUGUUGAACUGCUUAAGUUAGCUAAUUAACUUAGGAGUAAGGUAUGAUUCAAAGAGAAACAAAGUAUCUGGAGUCUAUGAGCAGGUACCAGUAAAUGACACUUUGAUUUACAUACCCUUGUUAAAAACUUUAGAGUUCAUUUUCAAGAAUGAAGAAGUGUGUUUCCAAAUUAAUAAAUCUGCUGCUCUUGGUAGCUUUUACCAGGAUUUCUGUGAUGGAAAAUAUUGUAGAAAUCACCCAUUGUAUUCUAAAUAAAAAAAAAUGCAUUACAAAUUCAAGUUUAUUAUGAUGACUUUGAAACAUCAAAUCCACUAGGGUCAAAACAAGGCAUUCAUAAGCUUGGAUGUUUAUAUUUCACACUCUGGAUGUUUAUAUUUCACACACUUUCACAUAUUUCACACACAAUUUACCACCACAUCUAAACUCAUCCCUGAUGAAUCUUAUUUCUUUCUUAUAGAAGAUGUAAAGGUCCUAGAGCACAGUGGAAUAAAAGUGUCAUUUGCUGAACAACCUGUCUAUGGCACAAUUGCACAAAUAACGGGCGACAAUUUAGGUCUAAACUCAAUUUUGGGUUAUGUGGAAUCAAUCUCUGUCAACUACUACUGCAGAAUGUGUCUUAUUGCUAAAGCAUCUGCUCAAACAGUGUUUAAAGAAAGUGAUGUGCGAGUGAUGUUGUGCACCAAAUUAACUAAUGAGGACCAUUACAGAUAUCGUGUUGAGAAUCCAAGGGAAAAUUCUUGUUUUGGGGUCAAACGCAAUAGUAUACUCAAUUCCUUGUCAUACUUCAAUGUAUCAGAUAACUUUGUGUUUGAUAUAAUGCAUAAUAUCUUAGAAGGUGUAGCACAGUAUGAGAUUAGGUUAUUGUUUGAUUAUUUGAAUCAGAACUUUAUCUCUAAUGAAAACAUACUCCAACGUGUAUAUGCAUUCAACUACGGCUUUAUGGAUAGAAAAAAUCGGCCAACACACAUAAACAUGUUUUGCACUAGCAGUGGUAUUGGGCUUAAUGCCAGUCAAACAAUGUUACUAUUGUUGCAUAUUGUGAACAUAGUAUUUUCUCCAUGUAUUACAGAAGGAAUGACUGUAUUUUUAACACUUAUUAUUGAAGAGCACCACAGAUUAUUACAGUUAAUAAUUUGAUCCCAAAACAUCACUUUAUGAUCCUUUAUCCUGAAUGUAAAUGCCAAAGUGGUCCCUUAGUGCAUGUUUGGACUAUGAGGUAUGAAACAAAACACAAAUUCUUUAAGUCCAGCAUUAAAAAUAUCAGAAACAUUAUUAAGUCCCUUGAAAAGACACAUCAAAUAGCAGUUGCCUAUCAUUGGGAAUCAUUGUCUGUCAAAGCUAUUGAGUCUGGGCCUGUCAAAUCGAAAAUAUUGACUAAUGUUGAAAAUGGUAAUGUCAGUGAAUUAAGUAUCACAAUUUGGGUUAAACAUAAUGGUAUUGAAUAUCACACAGGUCUGGUUGUUUGCACAGAUUUUGUUAAUGUAAUCCCAGUGUUCAAUAAGAUUGUUUGCAUUUUUCUGAGAAAUGAAGUUUACUUUUUGGUCUCUGAAAUGGAGAUGACAUUUGUUGAGCAUUUCCAUGCUUUUAAUGUUGUUGAGAAUAUGCAUAAUGUUUCAGUUGUCAGACCUCAUGACUUGCGAUACUUAAAGCCCUUUGAUAUCCAGAUGUCUUACGGUACAGACUCAUUUUUCUAUGUUGUGCCAGACAGCUGCAUUGUAUAGGGUAAGCAGCAUGUACGAGCUACCUCAUGUUUUGGGCAGUAUUGUAUAGGGUUAUUUUACAGGGUUUUGAGUGCCCUGCAUCUUGUCCAAUUGAAUGUGAAGCCCUUGUUUAAAGGAAAAAUAAAUAUUUUUUUCUAUUGAAGUUUUUUUUGGGAGCUAUUAUUGCAUUAUUGGUGGUUGGAGUAUUUACAUUUUUAACUCUAAUAGUGUUAAUCCCAGAGGACAAUGUACUCUAACAGUAGUAUAGUAAACCCUGGUUAAGUACAUUUUCCACCAUUAAGUGUUACCUGAUAACUAGUGUCAUCCAUUGUGGUGUUAAUAUUUUACACUGUAAGAGUUUGUUAGUUAACACUGUCACAGUGUUAUUAAUGCUAACUCAUCUAUUACAGUGUCAAUAUUUUUUACACUAUAAGAGUUUGUUUGGUAACAGUGUCAUAGUGUUA